AUGUCAGGACGGCUUCCUCCGAGGAGGGAUAGCGUGAAGGCAUCUCGCCUCUCGACGCAGCUGCAAAAGCGAAGAGAUGCCGCGAGACAGCGCCAGAGGGACGCCCGGCGCGAUCUGACCGACCACGCGCGGUCGCUCGCGUUCGGCGCCGAGGACAGCGGGUCGGAGGCGGGCGCCACGAGAGCCGUGGGCGAUCAAGACGCGAUGCACCGGUCCAGCUCUAACCCGCAGGAGCUGGCGCUCGAGCACCCGGGCACGUCAUCCACGGAGGCCUGGCUCGAUGUCGCGCAAAUGGGGAGGGAAUCGCACCACGAGCGGUCCCCGCGGCACAGGCGCUCGAGCUCGGCGCCCGGCAAGUGGUCGCGCGAGUCCGUCGCUCGCUUCUCGGAGUCCCAGUUCAUGCUGCCGGAGUGGAUGGUGGACGUGCCGCCGGACCUCGGGCACGCGUGGUUCGCCACGCCCCGUCCCAAGGGGCAGCGCGUGCUGGUAAUAUCUUCGAGGGGCUGCACGGUGUCAAGGCUCAAGAACGGGCGGGUGCUGCACCGGUUCCCGUCCGCGCUUCCCGGCGGGUCGCAGCGCACGAAGCACGGCAAGGCGGAGGACUCCUUCUGCAUCCUGGACUGCGUGUUCCACCAGGAGGACGGCGUGUACUACGUCAUGGACUGCAUGGCGUGGAACGGCAUGAGCAUGUACGACUGCACCGCGGAGAUGAGGCUGUCCUGGCUCUACUCCAAGCUCGGCGACCCGGAGACGGCGGAGUGCGAGGCGGCGACGGGGACGGGGCCGAACAACAGGUACAGAUUCGCCGUUCCCCCGACGCACAACUGCGACGCGAGCGGCCUGCGCGCGGCGUACGGCUCCCCCGUCCCGUUUCGGCGCGAUGGGAUCCAAUUCCUGGCUAAAGACGGCAAUUACGAGCUGGGAGUGACGCCGCUCGCGGUGAUGUGGAAGGAUCCAAACACGAGCGAUUUUUUCCUCGACGAGAACCCCGACGGAUCCGACACGCAGCGCGUCGUGCUGUCGCUGCAGUCGGCGACCGGCGACGUGGUGACCGGAGACCCGACGCCGAUCGCGCUCGCGAGGUUGCCCGCGCAAUUUUUGGAGUCGGCGGGCAGGGCGGCGGAGAGCGCGCCCGCGGGUGGUGACUCGAUCGGGCGCGACGGGACGUGGCGAGGAAACGGGGGACUGCGGGACGGCCUUCUGCUGCGGUUCGCGGUGGGCAAGGGCGGGUUGCAGAUCCAGGACGGGCUGCCGGUGGCGGCCGACCUCGUGUACGAGGGCAUAGCGAAUCAGCGGCGAGGUGGUGCGGACACGAUGACGAAGAUUUUGUUUCAGUACUACGCGCGGCGAGAGCCAAUCACGAUUGAGGAGAUUGGGAUGGCGGUCGAAACUCAGGCUCGCGAGGCCGCGAUGGCCGCCUCGAGCGGGUCAUCGGCGUCCAGCGUGUCGAUCGCGCGAUCUUCCCAGUCGUUCUCGGGGAUUCCAAACGGGCUCUUCGACUUUUAACUCUUAGUUGUAUAUCAAUCGUCUGUGAGCUCAUCGUCAGUC